AUGGAGGUUUUCUCUAAAGGUGCGGGUAACAGCCCUCUCCAACAGGGCGGUGACACGAAUGUCUGGGCAAGAGCAACGUUUCGAGACAAGCUGCUGGGGGGGAAAGUUGCUCCUCCGGCCAGGAAAGUAGUGAACUUGAUUGAACAGGGGAAGAUGAGGAUUGAGCAUGUCAAUGGCAACCCUUUGCUGCCUCAGGUGGUCACUGAUGCAGAGGUGAUAAGGGCGUUGUGCCACCCCUGGCAGGAUGCUCUGGUAGUUUCCUUGCUAGGGAAGAGGUUGGGCUAUCGAACUAUGAAGGCACGGCUAACGGCCGUGUGGCGGCUCACAACAGACUUCGACCUACUAGAUGUUGAUAAUGGGUUUUAUUUGGUGAAGUUUGAUAUUGCUGCGGAUAGAACAAAGGUGAUGGAGGGAGGACCAUGGAUGAUUUAUGAUCACUACCUGGCUGUUUCCACAUGGAGCAAGGAGUUUCUUUCCCCUCUAGCCAAGGUCACCAAAACCCUGGUUUGGAUUCGUAUACCUGGGCUGAACGUGGUCUUCUAUGAUGAGAGUUUUUUGCUUGGGGUGGCUUCUGCAGUGGGGAAGGCAAUCAGGGUAGAUAGCAAUACCCUUAGAGCGGAGCGGGGAAAAUUCGCACGGAUUUGUGUGGAGCUUGAUCUGUCCAGGCCAGUCAUUGGGAAGGUGUGUAUUGAAGGUUUUUGGUACAGGAUAGAAUACGAGGGACUACAUGUCAUAUGCACCAAGUGUGGGUGCUAUGGUCACAGGGGCAGGGAGUGCACAGGGGAGAUACCUGGUGGCGCACUAGCGUUACCGGCGGCGCCGCCACAGAAGGAGAAAAACACAGAAGAAAACCCUAGUGCUUCGAUGGUUGGCGGCCAGGGGCAAGAGAGAGAAACAACGGACAUGGUAACAAACACAAUCAUGGGCGCGGAGAAUCAGGGGAUUAUUCCAGGAGAAUUAAUGGUGCCUAAUGCAAUAAUUAUGGAAAAACCAAAUUCCACGCAGGAGGAGGAGGGAGAGAUCCUAGGUGAGUGGAUGGUGGUUCAAAAAAAGAAACGGUCUCCUAAGAAUGUGCAAACUCCCAAGACUCAUGCAAUUAAUUCCAAAAGCAACCAGAAAUUGGCGGCUGAUGCGAAAUCAAAGGCUCCUACUAAUCAGGAAAACAAGGGAAAAGGAACGUUGAUGGGGGUGGGAAAAGGGAAUGAGGCACAUGUCAUUGAGCAGGAGGAAUGUGUAGGAGAGAGACAUGGAGGUAUUACUAUAGGGGGGACCACAAUCACGUGA